AUGACGCGAGCAAAGGACGGCCCGAACCAGGGGACCAUCUCGUGGCAUUCUUCUCGGGCGGUCCUUGGGCUCAAUUUUGACCCCGCUUCAGGGGGGCGACCCAACGGCACUGCUCACAAGGCGCCAUGGUCGCCCCCCUGCACGGUCCGCGAGCGAGAAAAGCAUGGCAUGCACAAGAACAGUAUGUAUAAUGGGGGAGGGAGUGGGGUAAGAGAUGAGCUGGGGGUAAGAGUGGGAGCUGGGGGGGCGGUUACAAAAGAGGGCAAAGAGGGGGGGAAGCAGGAAAUGCGGUUUACCAGGUUGGACCAUCAAAUUGGAAGGAAGAUUGGGGGGAGGUUGUACUUGCGAGCAUCUGACAGCUUGGUGCACCUGCGGAACACAUUUGGGAGCAUGGACCCUGCCGGGGAGGGGCGCCUCGACUGGCAGAAGAUUCAGGAGGGUCUGCGACAGUACCGGGUAGAGCUCACAGCAGAAGAGGGGCGGCGCGUGCUGGACAGACUGGAUGCUGAUGCUACCGGUCGGGUGGAUUACAACCGGCUGCUGACGAUCUUCGCGGAGGGCACGCCGGGCAGCCGCCCGCGCACGGCCAGCAACGUCAUGCUGACGACAGCGCCGUGGGACCCGCUGCCCAGGAACGUCAAGCCCGCCACCCGGUCAGGCUACAAUCUGCCGCUGCGAGACCGGCAAUUGUACCAUGCAACGGCGGCUGUGAUUGAGCGCCGCGCAAACCGGUUACGUAUCCUGCUGCGGCGGCACGACCCGGGGCGGACUGGGCGCGUCAGUGUGAAUGGGCUCCAGCAGGGGCUGGCAGCGCUGCGGUACAAGCUUUCGGAAGAGCAGGUUCGGAGUUUUCUCACCAUGGCCAAGCAGAGGGAUCUCGAGCGCGGGAUCGACUACGAGCGGCUGGUGAGCUUGUUUGACAACUUCGAGGCGGGCCCGUCUUCGAGCGCGACGGGCGCCGCGCCCACAGAUCGUUCACCGGAAGAAAACGCGCGCGCUGAGAGCUCGCGAGCGCGCGCGCUCGCAGCGGACCUGGCCCAGGGGAAAGUCGGCCAGAUACUGCGGGAGAAAGUGGCGGAGGGGAGGAAAGAGAAGAUCAUGCAGAUCUUCCGCCGCCACGACAUGGACGACGACGGCGCGUUAUCGCUGCGCGAGCUGCGCCAGUCGAUGGGGGCCCUGCUGCCGGAGGGGCAAGAACAAACAGCGCGAGAUCUCGCCGGGAGCGAGGACGACCGCGUGGAUUACAAGGCCCUGGUGGCUGUCGUCAUUCGCGAGGAAGACGGGGGCGCGCGAACGGGGCGGCAAACGGGGAUGGGUCAGGCGAUGGGCUUGCAGGCACGUGGCACGAGAAUCGACUUUCACACCCUAAAUAGCGCGCUUGUGGAUCCGAUUGAGACUUCGUGGACGCGGGCGGCGAUGCGCGCGCGCACAACGGAACCAAUGCAGAGACCGCGUGAGGGCGGCGGGCUCUUUUCCGGGGAAGCUCCGUCCAGUCCUACUGCAUCAGUCCCUCAAACAAGCCGUCGUUCCGUCGGCGUCCGGCCGGCCACAGCGCUCUCGGCUUCUUCCGUCCGGCGUACGGAUUCCGGUGCCUCGAACGCGAACGAAACGGAGAAUGGCGCUCCUUCUCCCGGGAGCCUUCACCGGCCGUCGUCAGUGUCUGCGUUUGCCGCGCCGAGGAGUCGGUUUGCGUGGCAUCCGCCCCCCCGAGACACGUCAGCAGUCAUACGCCCGACGCCGGGCUCCCCGGGGUACUGCUCCGACCUGGACCGCCUCCAAAGUGUAAAUACGGUCCGGGCGCAGAGCGCCACGCCCGGCUCGCACUCCACCUUCUCUCAGGCUUUGAGUGGCAGCGGGCGGUCGCCCUCCCGCAAGCGCGCCAUCAGCGCGGGCGUGCUGCAGGAGCUGGCGACCACCAAUGACACCAUCGCAGCCGCCAAGCAGGCGGCGCGCAUCACGCGGCUCACCGGCCAGAAGCAGAGGUACAUGGAGAUGAGUCGGGCGACCGAGAACGAGCGCGCGGCGGCGGCCACGACCGGUUCUCAGACGCUCUUUGGAGUCGACGGCGGGCCAUCAUACGUGGCCGCGUGA